AUGCCCUCCAUUCCAUACCCUCUUGCUCUCAUCCAACUCUCGAUUGCCGAUUCGACGCUGCCAUGGUCCAACCUGGUAUGGCAGUCUCUAACGAACGUUCUUGGCGACCCGUGGGCGUAUAACCAUGGUGGGGAUAAAUCUGCUGCAGCAACUCAUGUCACUGAAUGGACGGCGGGCAAGGCUCAGGCGGUCGGAGUCUUCAUAAACAAUUGUAAAGCAGCUCAGGAUCCUACUCUCCACUACGCUGUCAAACGGAAAGAUAAUGAUCAUGAAGGUCGUUCCUCUUGGAAUAUGUGGGUAAAGACAUCAUGGGCCAAAUGGAAAAUCAACACAUUGAUCGAUAACAUCUUGCAAGAAUGUGGUUGCGAACCCCACGAUGUUAUGGCUCGGUUGAACUGCAAGAGUGCGGACGAUUUUCCGACGAUGGAAGCUGCACAGAUAAAGCAGGUUGUUGCCAUCAAAUUGGCUGAUGCCCUGUUCGGUGACGAUGCUUUCACCGACGGAUCUUUCCUUAAGAAGAUCCGGGAAGUGGAAGAGGAAUGGCGAGCCAUGACGGCCACGAAUGCAAAACCCACGAUAGCCAGCAUCCGCACCUACCUGAAGAAACUGGAAGCUUUAGUUACACUUCUUAGCGUGUUCAAGGACCAGGAGACGGUCAAGAACCUCAGUUCGCGUCGUGAACAGGUCAAUACAAUGCUGGCCGCUGCCAAGAAAAAUCCCGCUCAAGCAGAAUCGUCUUUAGGGCUGCCUAAAUCUCUUCGAGAUGCACUUGACAGGUUGGCCACUGAAGAGGAAGUAAAGGAGCUCGAACUUCUCAUUGAGGCCACGCUAGCUGCGAUGGUGCCGCUCGAAGGUGACAAGGUGGUGAUAGACUUCGAGGAGAAUAUAGAUGUGGGUGACUGGAAAAGUGGUGUAGAGGAAUACGACAAACUCAGCGAGGAUGAGCUUUGGGAAGACCUGGGCCUUCCGGAGAAGAAACUGCCUUUUUUCCAGACGAGAUCUGAUCCAGACGCCGCUGUUGAUCCGUGGAGCGAAGAAGGCCAGAUAUGGCUUGAUAAUCCGGCAAGUCCAGCCCAGAACCUGGCGCCUCGGUGGCAUCAGCUAGUCGGCAUUCUGAGGCUGAUCGACAGGGUGUUGGACGGUAGACCGGUGAUGCUGAUGGAUGGCGUUGGGGUUGGGAAAACCAUGCAGGCGGUUGGGUUGAUCGCAUGCCUUGCACACUAUAGGGAACAUUACAGGAAGCACGGGAAGUUCCCUGGAAAAUUUGCCCAGCGUUUCUGCAAGAAGACCGGCGGCAACAUUCCAGACUUACCCACCGUGAUCAUGAGUCCACCUAACUUACACCAUCAAUGGAUGAGUGAAAUACAACGGUAUCUAAGGCGGGCGACGUUUGAUGUUCUUCCCUACACCGGCAAAUACACGGCACGGUCACAGUGGUGGACGAUGGCUUGGACCAAAUGCCAGCAACCUCCAAUACGACGCAUCAUCUUGGCCACGACAAAUGCAGCACAAGACGAUGCAGCGACAGUUUUCAUUCAGGGCGACAGGGACAGCCACGGGCAGCCGAUGCAUAGCCCUCGCUUUGAACGGAUUAGUCCUAGUACCCUCUUCGGUCAUGAAUACAUCACGAGUAUCAUCGACGAAGGUCACAUCCUACGCAAUAUUAACCUGGCGCAUACCGCAGCUCGGGCACUUCAAGGGAGAUCUCACUCAACCGUGAUCAUGACUGCAACGCCAGUCACCACAAAACCUGCGGCCGGGGUUGAGGGAUCAAUCCUACGAGCCGUCUUUGUGGGCAAUCACAAUCCAGAGGCUGCCCACGAGGAAUACUUGCCUGUAAUGAAAAAAUGGAUGGGGCAGAUGCGGGAGUGGUUCUCCCCUACCGUCAUUCUUCGCACCAUAGACUCCACUGACAAUACAGGGAAUAAGAUCCUGGGCCUCCCUCCCUAUCAUGAUCACAGCUUGAAAAUCAAGCUGCUUGACUGGGAGAUGGAAAAUCUGCGGAAUAUUGCGCGCGGAUACCUGGAUGACUGUCCCAUUGUGGGGAUGAGCAAGGUGAACCCUAACACCAAAAGUAUGAAGUUGGACGUGUUGGCUACGCUUCUCAAGUACCAUCUGGAGUCUGACGGUCGCCGGCCAUUGAUGAUGGAUGAAAGCGGUCGCCACCUGGUUCCUAACCCAACCUUUGCAGCUGGUAAUACCAACCCAGACGAGCCAGACCGAAUCAUAAUAUUUUCGGCUUUCGUCACCUCCAACCAGGCCAUUGUAGAUAUCUUGGACCUUCACGGCAUACAUGCACUGGAGCUUAAUGGCCAGACCCCCAUGGGGAAGCGCAAGGACAUUCUGGAUAAAUUUCGGUCAUCUAUGCGGCCCGACGGAGCGCGCGUCUUGAUUUUAUCAGGCGUAGGUAUGGAUACCCUUUGGUCAGAGCAGGACGAUCGCCAGUUGCGUGGGCGGAUCUAUCGCCACCCUCAAGCUAAAGAGGUGCACGUUUACCGAGCCAUUGCCUUGAAGACCGCCGACGUCUUUUUGAAUAAUAUAUCCUUCUCGAAGGGCGCAAUGCAUGAGGCAUUUAUUGGUGCUGACAAGGAAUUCCGUAAGGGUCUGCUAUGA